AUGUCAUCUCAUGCUUAUGUCGAACAUCUGGACAUACGACAUCGUGAGGAAGAAGUAGAAGUAACAUGUCCAUUAUGCGCUCAAAUAUUUACAUCUGUUGGUCGUUUCAAAACCCAUAUGCGUAAACAACAUUAUUCAUCAAAAUCAACAUCAUCAAGCCAAUUAUCACAAGCAUCGUCGUCGACAAUUGUACCACCAACAGACAAUGAUGAUAUAGAUGAAGCAUCACUCAGCGAAGAUGAAGAUUUAAGCGAAAGAGGUUUAGUUCCAGCUGCGAGCCGUAAUCAAGGUUCAUAUUUUAAAAGGCCACGUUUUGAUAAUCCAAAGUUAAUAGUAUCUGGAAGUAGCAGAGCAAAUUCAUCAUCAUCAUCAUCACAUGGAUUUUUAACAUCGACACGAAUGAAGACGAAAAAUGAACCAGAAAUACCUGAUAAUAGCAGUGUAGCAUCAAACGAUCAUAUUAAUACAAUCAAAGAAGAAUUUCAAGAUAAUCAACAUGAUAAUGAAGAUCGGAUUCUUGCAUCAGAAAGACGUGGGACGUUAUAUAGUCCAGGUUCAAUGCAAGACGAUCUUUCGUCCAGUACUCGAAUUUACAAUCGUACACGAUGUUAUCCCGCAGUUCCAAUGCCUCCUCAAUUGCCAGAAUUCUCUGAAAAAGUUCUACGUUAUCUUGAUAUGGGUAAUGCUGCUCCAAUCUUACCCGAUCUGAUAUCUGAAGCAGCUGAUUUUUUUAUGAAAACAUAUCCACAGUUGAAAACUGGCCGAGAGUAUCAUAAGGUUGGUUUAGCAUUAAUUAAAAAAUAUCCAUGUCUUGCUGAAAAAGGAAACCAGUUCAAACCAGAAAACGAAGGUCGUAUUCAUCAAAACGAUGAUGCCUAUUAUGAAAGUAUCAAUAUUAAAUUACGUCAAAUACAAGGUCAGCCUCAAUUUUCGACAUUAUACAAACAAUAUUUGUCUAAAACACAUACACGACGUCGUGAAUGGCUUAGUUUGAACGCUGAUUUAAACUUAUAUGGAAUAUUACAAGAAUUACCAUUUAUGGCUGGAAAAGAAUUUUUAACGGGUGAAUAUGGUUUAUUGCAUGGAAGACAUAUAUCAUCGUUCAAUAAAGUUAUUGGUCAAGUACUCGAUGUUUUAACAAAUUAUUUCAGUAUUCGAUUGCGUGAAAACAUGGAUAUCACAUAUCGUCUUACACUUAUGCAACUAUGCCAAACGUUAAACUGUAAUUACAUAAUACAAAAUAAACAGGGUAAUAUUAUUAAAUCUGAGCCAGACAAUGGGUCAUAUUUACGUUUAACAGUUAUGGAUUUCGUUAAUGGAACAUCAUCAUAUUUUUUAUUUUAUGGUCGUAAACCAUUAUGUGAAUUAGCUACUGGUCAAGGUAUAUUACGUCAAGCAUUGCUGCUAUUUUUAAUUACAUUUGAAGUAUAUAUGGUCGAUAUACCAGAUGAUUAUUAUGAAGCUUUGAGUUUGUUGAGAAUAGCUGUAUUUGGCGAUGUGUAUGAAGGAGAGGUUCCGGAAACAGAAGUAGCACAAAAAUUAUUAAAUAUUAUUCAUGAAACGGUAAAACAACGAUAA